AUGAGUGACGCCCAGGCCAACGAGGCCGAGAAGAAUAUCGAAAUCUGGAAGGUGAAGAAGCUGAUCAAGCGGCUCGAGGCAGCUAGGGGAAAUGGAACGUCCAUGAUCUCCCUCAUCAUUCCCCCAAAGGAUCAGGUUUCUCGUGCAGCAAAGAUGUUGGCAGAAGAAUACGGUACCGCCUCCAAUAUCAAAUCUCGUGUCAAUCGUCAAUCCGUGUUGUCCGCCAUUACCUCGACCCAGCAGAGGCUCAAGUUGUACAACAAAGUCCCACCAAAUGGCUUAGUGGUAUACUGCGGUGAAAUUUUGACCUCGGAGGGCAAGGAGAGAAAGGUCAACAUUGAUUUCGAACCCUUCAAGCCAAUCAACACUUCUCUGUACCUAUGUGACAAUAAGUUCCAUACCGAAGCUCUCGCAGAGUUGUUGGAGUCGGAUCAAAAAUUUGGCUUCAUUAUCAUGGAUGGUAAUGGAGCGUUGUUCGGAACCCUCAGUGGAAACACUCGCGAUGUAGUACACAAAUUCUCCGUCGAUCUCCCGAAAAAGCACGGCCGAGGUGGACAAUCUGCCCUGCGUUUCGCUCGUCUUCGUGAGGAGAAACGUCAUAACUAUGUUCGAAAGGUUGCAGAAUUGGCUGUCCAGAAUUUCAUUACAGCGGAUAAAGUCAAUGUCGCUGGGAUUAUUCUCGCCGGUUCAGCUGAUUUCAAAAAUGAUCUGAACCAGUCAGAUUUGUUUGACAAUCGUCUGCAGACAAAGGUUAUCAAGGUAGUCGACGUUUCGUAUGGAGGUGAGAACGGAUUCAACCAAGCCAUUGAGCUUUCGGCAGAAACUCUGAGCAAUGUCAAAUUCAUUCAGGAGAAAAAAUUGAUCGGCAAAUACUUUGAGGAGAUCAGUCAAGAUUCUGGACGAAUCUGUUAUGGAAUCGAAGAUACCUUGAAAGCUCUCGAACUGGGUGCUGUAGAAAUACUUAUCGUCUUUGAAAACCUCGAAAUCAACCGAUGGACCCUAAAGGAUUCCAACGGAACCGUCAUUGUUCUCCACACCACCAAGCAAUCUGAAGCAGCCAACCGUGAUCAGUUUAUGGAUAGAGAGACUGGGCAGGAGAUGGAGGUUGUUUCGCAGGAGUCUUUCCUUGAGUGGAUUGCCGAGAAGUACAAGGACUUUGGAACCAAUCUCGAAUUUGUGUCGGAUCGUUCCAGUGAAGGAAACCAGUUCGUCAAGGGCUUUGGUGGUAUCGGUGGACUUCUCCGAUAUAAAGUCAAUUUCGAGCAGUUGGCGGAAGUUGACGACGAUGAUGACUACUAUGACGUGAGCGAGGCACCAACUCCAAAUGUCCAGCCAGUCCAAAGUCUGCCACCCCGCCCAAGCGCGCAGCAGGUUCCAAAACAGUCCAUUGCUGGUGUUGGCCGCGGUGUGGGAAUACCCGCACCACGCCCCAGCCCGCUGCGGUCCGUUAUGACAGCAUUUUGA